CUAAGACAUUCUCCGAGUCCGACUUUGUUUACACUCCGAGCGCGAAAGACAAAACGUUUGGAAGUUACGUGCAAAUACCUUCAUUCUCCGUCUACAAACUCCGCCAAAAUGAGCAAGAAAGAUGCAGAUUCGACGGCACGGAUCCGCCAGUACUUGGAGCACCAGAAUAGGCCUUAUAGUGUGAAUGACAUCUUCAUGAACCUGCAUAAGGAGAUUGGGAAAACCGCGGUUCAGAAAUGCCUUGACCAGCUCGUUGCCGAUGGCAGCGUUAAGGAAAAGGUUUAUGGCAAGCAAAAGGUGUAUGUGUUUGACCAGUCACAGUUCCCCCCCCUUGACGAGACCCAGCUAAAGGAGAUGGACAGAAAGAUCACAGACCUUAAUGACACCAUCAAACAUAGGGAAAAACUUUGUGGGGAGACAGAAGGCAGACUGCGUUCUCUGAAUUCCAGUUUGACCACUGAAGAAGCAGAAAAGAAAUUGCAGAAUUUGGAGGAAGAAGUGUCAAGACUAAAGAAAAAACUGUCAGACCUACAAGAAAACCAGGUACUGAUCUCAAAGGAGGAAAAAGAUAAAAUCAACUCAGAAAAUGAGAAGAUGGUGAAGAUGUGGAGAAAGAGAAGACGAAUGGCCAUGGAUAUUCUCGAUGCCAUCCUCGAAGGAUAUCCAAAGAAGAAGAAGGAUUUAUUUGAUGAUAUUGGCAUUGAAACAGAUGAAGAUGUUGGUGUCAAACUACCAAAGGCUUAAAGAAUUAUAUCUUUUAUUAGUAAUAUAGAAGCAUAUGAUAUGGAAAAUAGGUUUUUGUCAUAGAUAAGUUUCAGAUUUGCUGACAUGUUAAGAGGAAUGAAAGCUAUCAGUUGUAUAGAAUUUCAUGUAUUACUUAUUCAAGGACAAAAUUUUUAAAGAAGAAAUCUUACAUUCAUGUGAUUUCAGGUUAAUUGUUGAAGUACAUUUCAUGUGAAACAAUUUACAAAUUACAAAAAUGUUUAUGUUUUUUUUUCUCUUGAUCUCUCCCUUCUGUCUUCCUUUCCUUUUUUGUAAUGGUAGAGACAUGAAUUUGAUUUUGUUUAGAUUCGAGUAAGGUACUACAUUCUAGAAUAAUAUUGUUUUGUUUUUUUAUGAGAUAAAAAAAGUCUGAAACACUGCUUGGUAUUGAAAUCUAUGUAUGAAUUAUUUGAUUUGUGAAAAUGUGUGAUCUGUUAUAUGAGAAUGUAAAUUAGAAUUAUAUAUUUUCUAUAUAGAUUUUUAUGGUAUAGUGUUUAUAGAUUACAUGGCUGUAAGAGUAAGAUUUAUAUAUUUCUCGAGAUGCCUGGAUAUAUGUGUCACUAUCAUAUUUGAUAAUCAACAUUAAAGUAUUUUCAGUGAUUUUUUAGUAUUAAUUUUCCUUUUCUGCUUUUAUGAGUACAAAAGUGAUAAUGCAUGUAUUUUUACCCGAUAUAGUAUGUAAAGAUAAAGGAGGAAAAAUAGCUUUAUGUUUAUAUGAGACACUCAAAUUAUCUAAGCUAUUAUUUUGCCUUAGAAUUUCUGCAUAGUGUAAAUUCCUUAUUGGUACAGUUGAUUUAUGGCAGUGCACAUGGGAUGACAAAGAAGAAAAUGACAGUUGCAAAAUAUGUAUGCUAAGGGAAACAAAUAUGUUAGACAUUUGUUAAAAACUGAACGAGUCUGAAGAAGUAUGCAGUGUUGAUAAUGGAAAGUAAAGCAGAAUGAAUUGCAAGUGAUUAAAGGUAAGAACAGUCAUGUGAAAAGUACUGAUGGAUCUGAAACAUUUGAUGCCUAUAUAA